UUGUAUCGUUGGAACAAUAGAGAAGCGAUGUGUUAUUUACGUGCAAAUGGAAAGAUUAUCUAGAACGCGUAUGAAAUGAUGGCUGGCUUUACGGAGUCGGCAUUAUCUAAGAAACUUGCAGACCUGAACAGUUCGCAGCAAAGCAUACAAACUCUCUCCCUGUGGUUAAUUCAUCACCGAAAACACCAUGCCGCAAUUGUGAAAGUAUGGUUCAAAGAUUUUCUAAAAAGCAACGCGAAUAGGAAGCUGACCUUUAUGUAUCUAGCGAAUGAUGUUAUUCAAAAUAGCAAGAGAAAAGGGCCUGAAUUUGGGAAGGAGUUUGGAAGUGUUCUCAAAAAGGCCUUCGAACAUUUUUCUCUUCCUGAAUGUGACGAAAAAACGAUUAGGAACCUCAAUCGAAUACUACAAGUUUGGGAAGAAAGAGGUGUUUAUGACAGCAAGAUGAUAAAAGAAUUCAAGAAAGCUCUGGAACCACCGGACAGAGAGCCAACUCCACCAAAGAAGAAAGUGAAGUUAACACCAAGUUUUGUGCCUGAAGUGGAAAAGCCAACUAAGAAGGAGAAAACAAUAAAAGUAAAAGUUGUACCUAGGGAGCAUAAAAAGUCAGAAACAGAAGUUGAAGUAGAUGGGACUAAAGAGUUACACGUUACCCUAUCACCACAUACACCAUCUGGAGAUCCUCCAGAACCAGAGGAGCUUAUCAAAGCUCUCAUGGAACUAGAGAACUCUGCUUCGAGUGAUGCAGCUGUAAGGGAGAGAAUAGCUAGUCUGCCACCAGAAGUUUCCGAAGUUUCGCUUUUGAAUAAAUUAGAAGAUAAAGCAACAGCGGAGAAACUAGCAGUACAAGUCAAUGAAGCUGUACAGUUACUACUAGAAUAUAACAGUCGCCUUGCAGCUGAAAUGGAAGACAGGAAGAAAGUUUCCUCAAUGAUGAGAGAUUUUAUUCAGGCUCAGAGAGAACUCUAUGCACAAGCUGAACAGAGGUUAGAGGAAUACAAAGAGAAACUACAGAAGGUGUAUGUUGUACGUCAGGAGAUAAAGUCUCACAUUCAGAAUCUCCCAGACUUGACUCAACUGCCGGAUGUGACAGGAGGGCUGGCCCCUCUACCAUCUGCAGGAGAUCUUUUUAGUUUGCACUGACUACUUUUUUUUUUUCAUUCAAGAAGACUGCUAUGUAUAUAGAUCAUGUAUAUAGAAAAUUACCAAAUAUUGUUAUAUGCUUUUACAUGUGUUCUCUUGAAGCUGCAUUUUUCUUUUGUUUUUGUUUUUUUAAAAAAUAUAUAUAAUAGACACUGAACAUAAUGCUUGUCAACUAUGUUUCAAGAGUAUGUAGCAUUUAAUUAUCACAGUUUCAUGUGUUAGCUGUCUCUGGUGGAGCACUUUGGAACAUUACAAAGUAGCUUUCAUUGUGAAGCACCAAUUUUUAUUUUAUUUUUGUUGUUUGUUAAGAAAAACACCUUGCUUGCAAUCCAGUUGCCUGUUUGUUCAUGCAAGUAGCAUGAAUAUGUUUCGAUCAUGUAGAUAAAAAGCCAGUAACCCUCCCUACUCACGAUGAUUGUUGUUGUAUACUGAAAUGUGUUAGUAAAUUUAUUGUUGACCAAUCUGAUUUAUUGCUGUUAUUACCUAAAAAUUAACUCAAGUUCAAAUUUUCUUUUAUUUAUCUUUUCACAUGUCUAAAACAGAAGGUCACAUUCUUAGUAAUGACAGCUGAUAUUAAACAGAAAAGUAACCCCCCCCCCCCCAAUAUCGCCCC